UUGCUCCAGUUGUAUUCAAUUUCAUUAGCGGAUGUCUUUCUGGUUUUAUUUAUUUUACCACUUGGCAUUCUUCUUCCAUUUCCUGCUGGUAUCAAUGCUCUAUUCAGUCAUGGACCCAGACGUUCUGCUGGCCUUGCACGUGUACAUGCUUUGUGGAACCUUACAUCCUUGAUUAAUGUCGUGGUUGCUUUUGUUUGUGGAUAUGUUCAUUAUAGCACUCAGUCAUCAAAUAAAAUACAUCAAUUUCAACCCUGGAAUAUUAGCAUGGAUGAAAGUGAAUGGUGGAUUUUUCCUGCUGGACUGCUGCUUUGUAAAAUUUUUCAAUCCCAGCUAAUCAACUGGCAUGUUGCCAAUCUGGAGAUUCAAGACCGUUCGUUGUACAGCAAUGAUGUUGAGCUGUUCUGGCAGUCGUGACCAUAUUUAACAAGAUAUUCUCCACAAUUAACAUGUAUUUUUUGCUUUGUUCCUAUUUUGUAAUACUUUCCUCUUGUAUGCUAUUUUGACAGUAGGUGAGUGAUUGACGUAGGUUAGGGAAAAAAAAAAGUGUUGAAAUAUGAAGUCAGGAAAGUAAAAAGAAAUAGAUGAGAGCAACAGUUGAGAGGAAAUGAUUUAUUAUGUAACCACUUUUGAAAAAUGUGAAGUAAGUUUUCUGUAAAUAGUAAUUGGGGCACAUAUCAUACCCACUCUUUAGUGGAUUUGAGUCUUCAUCGCCUACAUUUUCCUGUAAUACUUGGGCCCUGGCCCCGCUUAUAUAUAUAAUCAGGACUUUCUUGGUCCAUUUUAUUUAUUUUCA